UCGUGUCUUCUGGUUCGUGGGUGGGGGAGUGUCCAUCAUGGAGUCGCUUUGGAGGCUAAAGCGGUUCGAUGCCUUCCCCAAGACGCUGGAAGAUUUUCGGGUGAAGACCUGUGGCGGCGCUUUCGUGACUGUAAUCAGUGGACUCAUCAUGUUCUUCCUGUUCUUCUCAGAGCUCCAGUACUAUCUUACAAAGGAGAUUCACCCAGAAUUAUAUGUUGAUAAAUCAAGGGGAGAUAAGCUACGGAUAAAUAUAGACAUUGCUUUUCCACAUAUGCCAUGUGCUUAUUUGAGCAUUGAUGCAAUGGAUGUGGCUGGAGAGCAACAAUUAGAUGUUGAACAUAAUCUCUUCAAACAACGCUUGGAUAAAGAUGGCAAGCAUGUGACUCCAGAAGCAGAAAGACAUGAAUUAGGAAAAGAAGAGGAACUUUUCUUUGAUCCAAAUUCAUUAGAUCCUGAACGCUGUGAAAGCUGUUAUGGAGCAGAAUAUGAGGAUAUCAAAUGCUGCAAUACUUGUGAUGAUGUGAGGGAAGCAUACAGGCGUCGAGGGUGGGCCUUCAAGAAUCCAGAUACUAUAGAGCAAUGCAAGAGAGAAGGUUUUAGCGAGAAAAUGCAGGAGCAAAAAAAUGAGGGAUGCAAAGUAUAUGGAUUUUUAGAGGUCAAUAAAGUAGCUGGCAAUUUUCACUUUGCACCAGGAAAAAGCUUUCAACAGUCCCAUGUUCACGUCCUAACUGAAUUAGUUCAUGAUCUUCAGAGUUAUGGACUUGACAAUAUAAACAUAACACAUAUUAUCAGGCAUCUUUCAUUUGGGAAGGAUUAUCCAGGUCUUGUGAACCCACUUGAUGGAACCAUUGUCACAGCUCAUCAAGCUUCGAUGAUGUUCCAGUAUUUUGUAAAAGUAGUCCCCACAGUAUACAUGAAAGUUGAUGGUGAGAUGGUGAGGACAAAUCAAUUUUCAGUAACAAGGCAUGAAAAAAUAGCUAACGGACUAAUUGGAGAUCAAGGCCUACCUGGUGUGUUUGUACUAUAUGAGCUUUCCCCAAUGAUGGUGAAAUUAACAGAGAAGCACAGGUCCUUUACACAUUUUCUCACAGGCGUCUGUGCUAUUAUUGGAGGAGUGUUUACAGUUGCAGGACUCAUUGAUUCUUUGAUCUAUCAUUCAGCUCGAGCCAUUCAGAAGAAAAUUGAACUUGGAAAAACUACAUAGAUUAGUAUCUACAAACCUUCCUAAAAGACUUGAAAAAUUGAAAAAUAACCCUAACAUCAAUGUCCAAUAUGAAUGUGCCAAGUGAAGAUAAUUGGACUUUUGAGAAGAGACUGACAUUCCAGCCCUGGGACAAGUCAAACAGGGAUUAAAUUUAAAGAUCAAUGUUUGUGGCUGUUAAAACAUUUCUGUUUUAAUAUUCACAUUAAUCUGUUGGCAUAUAUUUCAAUUUCUAUAUUCCAAAAGUGUCAUCCAGAAUAUAGACCACAAGAACUUCUAUAUGUCUAAACUAGUUAUUUCUAAUUUAAUUUGUAUUUAGUGAUACUGUAAAUUGUGUGGUUGAAAUAAAUUCUCAGGAAAAUGUUUUACUAAA